GGACUGAGUGGCCAAUGAUUUUUUUACACAUUGUGAAGUUUUGAAUGUCAAAGUUUACAUUUACAACUUAACAGCCUUUAUGAAGAUCAUUUAUGAAAUCAAUAAAAAAACCACCAUUUAACUUGUAUAUAUGAUCAAAGAAAUCCAAGAUGAAGCCAUCAUUUACUGCUAUUGUUUCAGUCAUAUUUCUGGCUUACAUAGCACAUUCCAUGUGGGUUUUAGUUGGUAUAUUCUUCCCAACACCAUGUAAAGAUUCAAAACAUUGUAUUGCUUCAUACAUAGAUAGGAAACCGGAACCAAAAUUAGAAAUCAAAGUUUAUAUAUCUACAAGAGGAAUGGGAGCAAAGGAAUCUGAUUUAAAACUUGUUUGGAUAAAUACUACAUUUAAUGUCCGUGACACAGUAGAAAAGACAGUAAACUUAUCUGUACCAUACAAAGUGAGAAACAAUGGAACAAUGUAUCUACAUGCCUUUGUAGUACCAAAGGGACAGGAUCCAUUUAAAACACUAUAUGGAUCUUACAAAUACACACCUAUAACUACAUACUCACUUCCACAGUCAGAGUUCUUCAGUUUGGUGACUGACACAGCAAAGAAUAAAACUAGUCCUGAUAUACCUGUCACUCAUCUCAGACAGAGAGUCAAGAUAUCUGUGAUGGCUGAUUCAAUACAGUUUGACAGGAGAGCAAUGCCAAUGGAGAUUCAUAGACUUUUAAAGCCAUCACCAGAUGGAGAUUAUUUGCCAAUGUUGUACAUUGAUCAGUUAGCUUUCCGUACAAAAGACUUAGUGCCAAUAAACAGAUCUAGUCACACAUUACCUCUAACAGUAGUAUAUGCACCUAUAUCAGUUGGGAAACUGAGGUUCUGGGAACACAUGCAACAAGCAAUAGACCAGUUACAUAGUUAUGGAUUUUCAGAGAAAGAUUCAGAUGAACUGAAGGGGAUUUUUGUUGACACAAAUUUUUAUUUUUUGAUGUUAACAUUUGCUGUAUCUGCAUUUCAUUUACUAUUUGAUUUUCUGGCCUUUAAGAAUGACAUUAGCUACUGGAGACAAAGAAAAACCAUGGUGGGUUUGUCUACAAGGGCAGUUGUAUGGAGAUGUGUGUCAACUGUUAUUAUAUUUUUCUACCUUUGUGAUCAGGAAACCAGUUUGUUGGUACUUAUACCAACUGGAAUUGGUGCUUUGAUAGAGGGAUGGAAAGUAAAGAAAGCUUUUAAAGUUUCUGUUAGAUUUGAAAAUGGAAGACCUAAAUUUGAUAUUGGUUCAACAUCAGACAAAGAAAAAGAAACAGAAGCAUUUGAUUCUCUAGCAAUGAAGUAUUUAUCCUUUGUAUUGUUGCCAUUAGUGAUAGGUGGUGCCGUCUACUCUUUAUUUUAUGUUCCACAUAAAAGUUGGUAUUCCUGGUGUAUACAAAGUCUUGUUAAUGGUGUAUAUGCCUUUGGAUUUUUAUUUAUGUUGCCACAGUUGUUUGUUAAUUAUAAAUUAAAGUCAGUAGCACAUCUACCAUGGAGAGCCUUUAUGUAUAAGGCUUUCAACACAUUUAUAGAUGACAUAUUUGCAUUUAUAAUCACCAUGCCAACAGCUCAUAGACUUGCCUGUUUUAGAGAUGAUCUUGUUUUUGUUAUUUAUUUAUACCAAAGAUGGUUGUACCCUGUUGAUAUGAAGAGAGUUAAUGAAUUUGGUGUGUCUUAUGAUGAUGAAGAUGGAGAAACAAAAAAGAAGAAAUAAUUUUUAAACAAAAGACUUAACAAAUUAGCAACUCUUCUAUUGUAAAACCAAAGACUUUAGUUUUUUUUAAUUUGUAAAAAACUUGACCUCAUGACAAUGGAAAAACUUUAUUUCUGUAGGGGAUAAAAGUAUGAUGGCCAUAGUUUAGUUAAUAUUUCAGAGAACGAUUAUAAUCAUUUCCUCUAGAAAGUAUUGUACUUUGGAGGACAUCACAUGGAUUGAGAAAAAAAUUAGAGUAAAAUAGAAGAAAAGAAAUUUUGAAAGAUAGUUUGGCACAAAUAAUAAUUAAAAUGAAAGUAUUAGUUUGAAAAUAGUGGGAUUGAUUGAUUUUUGUUUGUUAAGAUUUAAUGUCACUUAUUACGCAUUUAUACAAUUUCAUGACAAUGGAAUUUUAUUUGAGUAGGAAAGCAUGCCCAGGGUUUACCACAAACAGUCAGCAGCAAGGGUCUGGCAGCUGUCAUAUUUGCUGUCAUUACCCAAAAGUGGACUGAAAAAACUGAGAUAGAUAUCUAAAACUUGGACAUUGAGAAUUAUGAAAAUGGCCUAUUUAGUUAUUUAUACACCUGAAUGUCAUGUAAAGAACAAGCAAGUUAUUGAUGAAAUCUUUCUCCAGUAAUUAAACUGAUAUUAAGGGAGUAUUCUGUAAUUUACAUUUCCUUCCUGUUUAACUGUGUAUUACGUUAGGAUUCCAGACACUUUACCUGUGCUUCAAACACUGCACAAGUCGGCAGGAAGAUAAAAAAUGAUUUACCUUGCAGUUUGCUAAAUUACAAGAAAAUUUUAAACCAUAAUUAAUAGUCUAAGUCAAUGCUUUACUUGAAAGGUCAUGUGAUGUAACCUGCAUUUUAGGCUGGAAAUCGAACCAGUUUUAAAUCAAUGAGUAAAAUUGUAAACAUGUAGUUUUAUUUUUCCUCCUACAAAAAGUUGUUAACUUAGACCAGAAUAUCAAAAUAUUUGUCAGUAAAAUAAUAUCAAUAUAUAAAUGCAAGCUGUUGCAUAACAAACAAAGAUGUUAUUCUCAUCUAUUGGUUUACUUUGACAACAUUGCAGAGAUUUAUUUAAAGUGCAAAUUUCCUGAUGUCAAUUAACAUUGAAUGCAGAGUGCUAAGCUUUUUAAAAAUGACCAAAAUUGUUUAAAGAACCUCAAGACUUUUGUUGAGCAAGUACUUCGCCUGCCUCAUUACAUAUGGAUUGCCACAUCUAUAAAUAAGUUUGGCAAGUAUCCAAUAAUGAAGAAUUGAAAAGUUGAAAUGAUCUAUGCCGAUAGAUAUAGACCAUCUAGGUAAAUCACUUGGCCACUGAGGCUCAUUUGGAUUUAUUGAUAUAGAUGGUUGUUUAUAAAAGCUUAAUUCUGCUGUUUAUUUGAAAGCUGAGUGAGCACAAGUUUUAAAAUUAAAUCUUUUACCUAAAACUGUUAUUAAAAUAUUAAGUGUAACUUUGUUGUAUUCUGGUUAUUGUUUAAUAAGUUUUAAUUUUUUUAUUCAUGUUUUUUUAGUGUUAGUGUGUAUAUAAAGUAACCUUAUUUGGUAAGGUUUAUUGAAAUUAGUUUCAAUGCUUUGUUAAUACAAUAUUUCAGGUUACAUCAAAUCAGCUGUAUAAUCUAAUGUUUAUAUAAAUGCUUUUCUACACAGGCAAUAUAAAAUAGCAGUUAUUGUCCAUGAAUGAAUAACGACUGUACACUGACCCCUAGAAGUCUUUUGAUAUUUUGAGUUGUUGGGUUGCCAUUUCAUUGACAUAUACAACCUGUUAUACAUAAUCGUGAGAUACUUUAAAGUUCUAAUCGUGAGAGAGAAAUUUCCUCAUAAUAUUUAAUAUUAUUGUAGCUUUUAUGAAAUCUGUUAAUAUACAUUUUUUAGUCUAUAAAUUUCUGGACACACUCUCUGAUCAAAACAAAAGAAAGGGUUUGAUAAGGCCACUCUUUUGCCCUUUGAUGUGUUAUAAACUAUCAAUUUACGUCCUUCAGAUGUCCACAGGACAUUAGGCUGUCAGAUAUAAGUAUUUAUAUGAUUGAAUUCUGUCGUGCAUAUCUGCUUAAGGGCUUUCAAACUUUUGAUACAAAACCUGAGAUCCUUGUUCUGUAAAUGAUAUUGUGUUGAUGUUAUAUACAGUGUUAUAUUUGUUUAUAUUUACUUCAAUUUCGAGCAUCAUCUUCUUUAGUGCAUGCUUCGUCAUCUGUAAAUAAAAAACAUAUUACGCCUCAUCGUGUAUUGCAGGAGAUGCUUACUGUACAAGUGAGAGGUUUAGCUAGCUAUAAAACCAGGUUCAAUCCACCAUUUUCUACAUAUGAAAAUGCCUGUACCAAGUCAGGAAUAUGACCGUUGUUAUCCAUUCGUUUGAUGUGUUUGAAAAUUUGAUUUUGCCAUUUGAUUGGGGACUUUCCUUUUUGAAUUUUCCUCGGAGUUCAGUAUUUUUGUGAUUUUACUUUUUACAGUACACACAUCCACUCUCAUCUUUCCGUUCCAUGUUCAUGUUAUUUUUCAAUUGGCUGGUAUAGUCUAAAUUGAUUUACGAGUUUAGAAUAUUAGGAAACUCAUCUUGUCUAUAGUUGGUAACUUUACUGUUAUGAGAAUUAAUUUAUUGCUUUUGGUCAAAUUUAGAUUUGUUCCUUAUUAAAAAGGGUCUGAAUAGUAAGUUGUUACAGUUUCAAAAAUAAUGUCUGGUUUAUUGAUUUAUUUGUUGAACAACUGUUUCAACCAUUUUUUUCCUCAUUUAUAAGGAAACUUAAUUUGAAUUUCAAUGAAAAUUUUAUAGUGAUUUUAAAAAGAUUUCCCUCUAAAAUAUAUUCUAUAUAAUUAUGUCAAUGUCAAAGUUUUUUAGUUGAAGAAAUCUUAUUGUUACCAAUAAUUUGUUCCAGAUGGUCUUUAACUUUUGAAGUAAAUCUAAUGACCGGAUGUCCUUGCUAUAAUUUGUUUACAGACAGGUUGUAAUCCUUUAAAUACAUAGUGUGACUGAUGUCAUUGUCUACAAGUAUAUGUUAUUUAUGACAGUAUUGUUGUAUUGUCCAAUAAUAUUAAUCAAUGAUUGUUUAUGGAAAUAAUAUGUCAUAAUUAUUAUUAUUGUUAUGUCUCUAUACUUUUAAUUAGUGACCAUGAUGUUUUAUUGAUAAACGCUUUGUUCAACAAAGUGGAAUUUCAUUUUUCACCUGCACUAUGGAGAGUGAGAAGAAAAGAAAGAAUAGAGAGGAAUGAAUGUAGGAAUGAUAAUGUUAAAUAUGCAGUUAUGUUCAUGAGUAUUGUAAUUACAUGACAAAUACAGCUUUUAUGACUCCUUGAAUUACAUAUUUGAUAACAAACAUCUCAUGCCUGCAGGCCAAUUGGUAUUAUUAAAAAUAUAUUUAAAUUGCUGAAGAUGAAUUAUGUUUUUUCUAUAUGUAAAAGGGCAAUUUUGGGUCAAUUAUGUCAGUUAUGACAUGUUAAUGAGGUCAUCAUGACAUUAAAGUAAUCACACUAAA